UUUUGCUGUCGUUAUUUGUUCUUUCAGGAAAGUGCUGCUGCGGUUGAGCACAUCCUGAGUGAGUUUAAGGGACCCGCAGGACUGGACAUCGACGGCAUCGCUCUUUUCAAAUCCAAUGAAGCAGUAGAUGCUCACUGGGCGACUGCUAGCAAGCAUCUAAGUUGCAUGCAGGAUCCGCCCACCAUCCCCCUUUAUGUGGCUAUGAAGCCAGUUACCCUGAAUGGCGUCCGGCUGACAAAGUUCCGGUGUCACAGAGGCAGCAACGUGCUGGAGGGUCUCCACUCUCACCUGCUCCAUGCCGUCCCAUCACAUCGUUGCGCCAUCAUCCCCUUUCAGGUUUACCUCCUUUCCUUCGCUGUCCAGUGGAACAGCAGGAUGGAGAAACUGAAAGUGGUCGAAAAGAAGGGCAAAACGACAACUACCACCGACCCGCGACAAAUCCAGCGCAUGAACCAUCAUGCUGAGAUCCUGUUCGGCAAGAACCACCUCUACGAACCGAACUUUGUCGCCCCCAUGCAGCCACCUGCCGAAGCUGAAGAGGAGGAGCUACUUGGCGUAGAGUACGUUUACUCGCAGUCAUCUAAGUCGGCCUUUUCAUCAAAGGAGUACUACAUAGAUAAAGCUGAAGAGGAGCAUGCGGUGAAGAGGAUGAUAACGAUGGCAACAAUGAUGAGGAGGACGAAGGGAUUGAAGAUGCUGCAACAGAUGAUGCGGAUGAUUCUACAGUCUCUAGCCCCAUGGAUGCUGUGA